GCGGAGCUCGGGGUUGUGUAGUACGUGUGCUUCAUAGGUGGUUAGCUUGCGACCAGUGAGCUAGCGCUACAGCUGAAUUACUGUGUGAAUAAUGGUGCUGCUUGAAAAUGAUUCGUUUCUCACAGAGCUCACACGGCUGUUUCAGAAAUGCAGAACCUCCGGUAGUGUCGUCAUCACACUAAAGAAAUAUGAUGGGAGGACUAAGCCGGUGCCCAGGAAAGGCCACUCAGAGUCCUUUGAACCAGCAGAUAACAAAUGUCUCCUCAGAGCGUCUGAUGGCAAGAGGAAAAUUAGCACAGUGGUUAGCACCAAAGAAGUAAUCAAGUUUCAGAUGGCCUACUCUAACCUCCUUAGAGCUCACAUGGAUGGACUUAAGAAGAAAGAUAAGAAAAGCAAAAGCAAGAAAACCAAAGCUACCCAAUGAGAAACAGACUCUUAACACAACCUUUUGGGUUCCUGAACUGGCCUGUACGACCUGAUGGGAGAGGGCCCCACCCGGUCUGCUGGCCCACUCGGCUUCCCCCCUCCUCCCAUAAACCCUCGGCCUCAGAAUCACUGUUCAUCCUGAGGACUGCUUCGAUAUUAUGCCGUUUACUUGCAUGGUCAUCUCUCAUCCCUGGCUGUCCAGUGUCAUUUGGAGCAGAAAACCUGAGGAUUUCUCUCAACUCGUACGGAAAGCAGCAAAUCAGCUUUAUUAAAUAUCACCAUCUCUGCUUCAGAACCAGCUGUGUCACCUCUGGAGCCAAAUCCAAGGAGCCCUCCGAUUUGAAAAUGCCUUUCGUAUUAUUUGUUUUAAGUCCAUAUUUAUGUCAAACCUAUGGCUGACCCAUAAGUUGUGCUGCCAUGUUUUCAUUUUGAUUGCGUCGUAAGGACAACUGUUCAAUUAUCAUAAUUCUUUUUUUUUUUUUCUUCAUGUAACUUCACUGUGUUUGACUUAGACCAACAUUGGAGAUUACAUUUAUUUAGUGUUUUUAUUUUACUUAUUGAAAUACAACAUAUAGUAAUGUUCCCCCUUGUGUUUUUUUUAACUACAGAUGCUUCUAAAGUCUAAAAGUCUCUUUAAGUUGUAAAACACCAAUAAAAUGCACCAUGUAGCUUCAUCAAAUGUGAAUAGUUGACAUUUUGCAAAUGGUGUGAUUGGUUUAAACGGAAUACAAUGAACAGUUUUUGAAUUGUCGAAAGGCAUGUUUUGAGUAACAAAGACAGAGCAUUGGCUGAAAUAAUAAUGCCACCUCUGUUUAUCACAAUACACGGCAGCGUAUUUUGUCAGCUAUUUGUCGGGUCUCUUUUUGCCACUCAGUCCUAAUGUCACGGCAAAGGACCGCAGAGCAGAAUUUACGUUCAGAAAUAAAGUGCUUUGUUAAAAGUCA